GUCCGGCGCGGGGGAAAUUUAGCCCGGGGAUUUCAUGCGGCCUAGCUUGGUUCCGUCUCCUCCCCCCGCGGCCCCGGCGGCUGCCCGCACCCCAGCCCCGCUCCGGGCCUCCGUGUCUCUCCUGUGAUCGUACUGACACGGCCGGGGGGUUAGAAUGGAACAAACUGAAGGCCCGAUGAGAGAAAGGGAAAGUUAAGGAUGCUGGAGCAGAACAAUGGAUUUCUCUUUCUCUUUCAUGCAAGGGAUCAUGGGAAACACAAUUCAGCAACCACCUCAACUCAUUGACUCCGCCAACAUCCGUCAGGAGGAUGCCUUUGACAACAACAGUGACAUUGUUGAAGAUGGUGGCCAGACACCAUAUGAAGCUACCUUGCAGCAAGGCUUUCAGUACCCACCUACAACAGAAGAUCUUCCUCCCCUCACCAAUGGCUACCCACCAUCAAUCAGCAUGUAUGAAACUCAAACGAAAUACCAGUCAUAUAAUCAGUAUCCCAACGGGUCAGCCAACGGCUUUGGUGCAGUUAGAAACUUUAGCCCCACUGACUAUUACCAUUCAGAAAUUCCAAACACAAGACCACAUGAAAUUCUGGAAAAACCUUCUCCUCCACAGCCACCACCUCCUCCCUCGGUACCACAAACUGUGAUUCCAAAGAAGACUGGCUCACCUGAAAUUAAACUAAAAAUAACCAAAACUAUCCAGAAUGGCAGGGAAUUGUUUGAGUCCUCCCUUUGUGGAGACCUUUUAAAUGAAGUCCAGGCAAGUGAGCACACAAAGUCAAAGCAUGAAAGCAGAAAAGAAAAGAGGAAAAAAAGCAACAAGCAUGACUCAUCUAGAUCUGAGGAGCGCAAGUCACACAAAAUCCCCAAAUUAGAACCAGAGGAACAAAAUAGACCAAAUGAGAGGGUCGACACUGUAUCAGAAAAACCAAGAGAAGAUCCGGGACUGAAAGAGGAGCCCCCGGUUCAGCCAGUAUUGUCUUCUGUUCCAACAACAGAAGUGUCUGCGGGUGUUAAGUUCCAGGUUGGCGAUCUUGUUUGGUCUAAGGUGGGGACCUACCCUUGGUGGCCUUGUAUGGUUUCAAGUGAUCCCCAACUUGAGGUCCACACCAAAAUUAACACAAGAGGUGCCCGGGAAUAUCACGUCCAGUUUUUUAGCAACCAGCCAGAGAGGGCAUGGGUCCAUGAGAAGCGGGUACGAGAGUACAAAGGUCACAAGCAGUAUGAAGAGCUGCUGGCUGAGGCAGCCAAACAAGCCAGCAAUCACUCUGAGAAGCAGAAGAUUCGGAAACCCCGGCCUCAGCGAGAACGCGCUCAAUGGGACAUCGGCAUUGCCCACGCAGAGAAAGCAUUGAAAAUGACCCGGGAGGAAAGGAUAGAACAGUAUACUUUUAUCUACAUUGAUAAACAGCCUGAGGAGGCUUUAUCCCAAGCAAAAAAGAAUGUUGCCUCCAAAGCCGAAGUUAAAAAACCCCGAAGACCGAGAUCAGUGCUGAAUACUCAGCCAGAACAGACCAGUGCAGGCGAGGCGGCCUCCUCCCUGUCAAGUACUGAAAUUCGGAGACAUAGCCAGAGGCGGCACACCAGUGCUGAAGAGGAGGACCCACCUCCGGUUAAGAUAGCCUGGAAGACGGCAGCAGCAAGGAAAUCCUUACCAGCUUCCAUCACAAUGCACAAAGGGAGCCUGGACUUGCAAAAGUGCAACAUGUCUCCAGUUGUGAAAAUUGAACAAGUGUUUGCUCUUCAGAAUGCUGCCGGAGAUGGGAAAUUUAUCGAUCAAUUUGUUUAUUCAACGAAGGGAAUUGGUAACAAAACGGAAAUAAGUGUCAGGGGACAAGACAGACUUAUAAUUUCUACACCAAACCAGAGAAAUGAAAAGGCAACUCAGAGUAUGUCAUCUCCGGAAGCAGCGUCUGGUCCUGCAGGCUCAGCAGAAAAGAAGCAACAAAGAAGAUCAAUUAGAACUCGUUCUGAAUCAGAAAAAUCCACCGAGGUUGUGCCAAAGAAGAAGAUCAAAAAGGAGCAGGUUGAAACAGUUCCUCAGGCUACAGUGAAGACUGGAUUACAAAAAGGUGCCAGCGAGAUUUCAGAUUCCUGUAAACCCCUAAAGAAAAGGAGCCGCGCCUCAACGGACGUAGAAAUGGCUAGCUCAGCGUACAGAGACACAUCCGACUCCGACUCCAGGGGACUGAGCGACCUGCAGGUAGGCUUUGGAAAGCAAGCAGAUAGCCCUUCCGCUACCGCAGAUGCAGAUGCUUCUGAUGUGCAGUCCGUGGAUUCAAGUUUGUCCAGAAGAGGCACUGGGAUGAGUAAGAAGGACGCUGUGUGUCAGAUCUGUGAAAGCUCUGGUGACUCUCUGGUUCCUUGUGAGGGAGAGUGCUGCAAACACUUCCACCUGGAGUGCCUGGGGUUGACAUCACUCCCUGAUGGAAAGUUCAUCUGCAUCGAAUGUAAAACUGGACAGCACCCAUGUUUUUCAUGUAAAGUGUCUGGUACAGAUGUGAAGCGCUGCUCCGUUGGUGCUUGUGGGAAAUUUUACCAUGAAGCCUGUGUCCGCAAAUUCCCCACUGCCAUCUUUGAAUCAAAAGGAUUCCGCUGUCCCCAGCACUGCUGCUCUGCCUGCUCCAUGGAGAAAGAUAUCCACAAAGCAAGUAAAGGUCGCAUGAUGAGAUGUUUGAGGUGCCCCGUGGCCUAUCACUCUGGAGAUACUUGCAUCGCUGCCGGCAGCAUCUUUGUGUCUUCCUGUGUUCUCAUCUGCAGUAAUCAUUCCAAACGGAGCAGUAACUCUUCCUCUGCAGUAAAUGUAGGCUUUUGUUUCGUUUGUGCAAGAGGGCUGAUAGUUCAGGACCAUUCAGACCCCAUGUUCAGUUCCUAUGCCUAUAAGUCCCACUACCUACUGAAUGAAUCAAAUCGUGCAGAGUUGAUGAAAUUACCUAUGAUUCCUUCUUCGUCAGCUUCCAAAAAGAAAUGUGAGAAAGGUGGAAGACUGCUCUGCUGUGAGUCGUGCCCCGCUUCCUUCCACCCCGAGUGCCUGAGCAUAGACAUGCCGGAAGGCUGCUGGAAUUGCAAUGACUGCAAAGCUGGCAAGAAACUACAUUACAAGCAGAUUGUUUGGGUCAAAUUAGGAAAUUACAGAUGGUGGCCAGCGGAGAUCUGCAACCCCAGGUCCGUGCCGCUGAACAUCCAGGGCCUCAAGCACGACCUGGGGGACUUCCCUGUGUUCUUCUUCGGCUCCCACGACUACUACUGGGUCCACCAGGGCAGAGUGUUCCCUUACGUCGAAGGAGACAAAAGCUUUGCUGAGGGACAAACUAGUAUUAACAAGACCUUCAAAAAAGCACUGGAAGAAGCUGCCAAACGCUUCCAGGAAUUGAAAGCACAGAGAGAAAGUAAAGAAGCCCUGGAGAUUGAAAAAAACUCGAGAAAGCCCCCUCCUUACAAACACAUAAAAGCUAACAAAGUCAUAGGAAAGGUGCAGAUCCAGGUUGCAGACCUGUCAGAGAUUCCCCGCUGUAACUGCAAGCCGGCCGACGAGAACCCGUGCGGCCUGGAGUCCGAGUGCCUGAACAGGAUGCUGCAGUACGAGUGCCACCCGCAGGUGUGCCCGGCGGGGGAGCGCUGCCAGAACCAGUGCUUUACAAAGAGGCUCUACCCCGACGCGGAAAUCAUCAAGACGGAGCGGAGAGGCUGGGGCCUCAGGACCAAGAGGAGCAUUAAGAAGGGUGAAUUUGUAAAUGAAUAUGUUGGCGAAUUAAUUGACGAAGAAGAAUGCAGAUUGCGAAUCAAGCGAGCCCACGAGAACAGUGUAACUAAUUUUUAUAUGUUAACUGUUACCAAGGACCGAAUCAUUGAUGCUGGCCCAAAAGGAAAUUAUUCUCGCUUUAUGAACCACAGUUGUAAUCCCAACUGUGAAACACAGAAGUGGACGGUGAAUGGUGAUGUUCGAGUGGGACUCUUUGCUCUUUGUGACAUUCCUGCAGGGAUGGAGUUAACAUUUAACUAUAACCUGGACUGUCUGGGCAACGGCAGGACGGAGUGCCACUGCGGGGCGGACAACUGCAGUGGUUUUCUCGGAGUGCGGCCGAAGGCGGCGUGUGCGUCCACAACCGAAGAAAAGGCAAAAAAUGCUAAGUUAAAGCAGAAGAGACGAAAAAUCAAAACAGAACCAAAGCAGAUGCAUGAAGAUUACUGUUUCCAGUGUGGAGACGGGGGAGAGCUGGUCAUGUGCGACAAAAAGGACUGUCCCAAAGCCUACCACCUCCUAUGCCUUAACCUGACCCAGCCGCCGUACGGAAAGUGGGAGUGCCCGUGGCAUCGGUGCGACCAGUGCGGCGGUGCAGCCGCUUCCUUCUGUGAGUUCUGUCCCCGCUCGUUCUGUAAAGAGCACCAGGAGGGGGCGCUGGUUCCCUCCGCGCUGGAAGGCCGUCUCUGCUGCUCUGAACACGACCCCGGAGCUCCCGUGUCGUCCGAAUACUGGAGCAAGAUGAAAUGUAAAUUGGAAUCACAGGAUCACGCAGAAGAAGGCAAAGAAUAACUGGGUGGUGAUUUCCUUUUUCUUUGUUUUUUCUUUUUAUUUAAAUGAAAAAAGGAAAAGAAAAAAGUCAGUAGGUGCUGCAUGAUGGCCAGGAGAGGCCGCUGCAGCGCGGACAUCAGCGCCGCCCUGUUCGAGCGGAGACGGGGACGCAGGUGGUGCAGGCCGGAGCAGUUGGUGGUAGCUGGUUUCUCGGUUUUGUUCUUUUGGUUUGGGGACUCUUGUGGAGGGUUAGAUUCCCUUGGUCUUUUCUUGCUUUUUAUUGUGCUUCAAUGCCUCUGCAGCUGGAAAACGAUGUCUUCACUUUUAAAAUAAGAACGAGAAAAGAAUGAGAUAAAUGAGAUAAAUUUAAAGUCUAGAAUGUGUUCCUUGGGUGUAAAAAGCAAAAGUAGCCAUCAUUCCUUUAUUUAUUUUCAUGUUUUAAAAUUUUAAGAAGUGUAGUUCAGAUAGUCUAAUCAGUGUACAUGUGUGUGUGUGUGUGUGUUUUAAGUAGGAAUUGGAGAAAGCCCUCUAGAAAAGGGUGUGAUGGUCUCAUACACCUCUGUCCUGGGCAGUAGGUAGGCUGACUUCUCUUUCCCUUCCAGGUGUCUUUCAUAGUCUUAGGGAAGGGCUCUGUGGGAGUACCGAAUCCGGCCUCUUGAAAACAGAAGGCCUCAGUGGAUUACCUCUGUGGUCUUAAACUGGGUGGGCUUUGUGACAGACAGCUGUACCUAGAAAGGUAUGUAAGGUGGUUGCUGGUUUUGUUCUAGGGGAAAAAAAAAAGAAAUUGAUGCACUCACUGAGUUUGGAAUGUUUUCCAUUGACAAUGGGUAUUUUUGAUGAAGUGCAUUUAUGUGGAUGUGAAUGCGUAGUUAGAAUGGUCAUUCCCGCUCCCCUGACCCACUGAUAAAGGCAGCUAAAGGGAGACGAAAGGCAUAGACCGAAAGUUGGAUCAAAUAAGCACCAUUUUCUGUCCGAUUUAAUGUAGACUCUGGUCUGACUUGGAGAGAAUUAUGGGCGUUUUAUUUUCUGUCUCCACUUUCCUCUCCCAGUCGAGCAUCCCCUUUGUCCACUGACCCCUCAGUCGUGUUUCCUGGUGAAACCACCCCGAUGAAUUUGAACUGUGUUUGAAUAUAUCUUUUUGGUUUAGUUCCUAAUUUUGGGGGGGUCCCCAAAUUAUAUGUAAACAACUUCUGCUUAGUGUUGUCCAGUCCCUAAAAUCACCCCCCGAGGAAGGGAAAACACUUGUACAGGGUAUGUAAGGGCUGCGCAAACACACUUCGUCGCAGGAAGCACUGAGAGAGGGCGCCCAAGGAAGCAGUGUUAGCGCAAGGGGUUGGGUCUCACAGAUGCACGUGAGCCAGGAUGUCUGCCCACCGAGUUCCCUUGCUUCUACUGCUAAGGAACUUCUGUAUCCAGUAUCCCCUGUGUGAACUCACCAGUAAUGUCUGAACUAUUGUAACACGUUCUCAGAAGCCUAGGGCUAGCUCCAAUGAACAUUAACUUUCUCUGUGAAAUUUGACUGCUUACAGUUGCUGGUACCUGGUAGCAUUUAUCUUCCCUCAAGUAGUACCUAGUAACCUUACAAAGGUGGGGAGAUAGAUGCUCUACCGCAAACCUUCCGUUGUGUUCGUGUGUUCCUUUUUCCUAUCAAUUUAGAGCUCUUCUUUGGAAAAAAGAAGGAAAAACAUGUUUUGUGCCUCUCUCUUUUUUUUUUCUUUGUAUGUAAAUGUGCAAUUAUACUGGAUUGUUUCUUGUUAAAAAACAACAACAAAACAAAACAAAAAAAAAAACACUACAGUUCCUUUACUUAAGCUCCUAAACUGCCAUUUGCCUGAUUCCAGCAAAUAAUUCUGAGGUAGCUUAUCGGACCUCCAGUAAUUCUCUUGAGUAGACAUAGUCUCAAAAGAAAGAGCAGAAUAGAAAAUGCUACACAUGUCACCAAAUGUGAUUGCUCCCAGUCACGUGAGACACGGCGCACCAAACACUAAACUGUGCUCUUGAAGAAUCUCUUGAGGAAUUAUAUAGUUUGAUGUCCUUUUACAGAAUAAUUUAAGAAAAUCUAGGUUUUAUCAUACUGAAACUUUAUUUUAUAUAUGUAUAUGAUAAAUGUUUGCUUUUUUAAACUUACUAACAUGAAGGGUUUCCUUUAAUAUUCAAACUGCAACUCUUGCUGAAAUGGUCUCUGCCCUGAAAUCGUGUCUCCUUGCUUUGUUCUGGACUCAGUGCUAUUUAAUACCUGACGACUUUUAUACGGGAAGCCAGGGUAUAUCCCGUGUGCGACGAACACCUGCAGUUUAAGUCUUUUUAUGCAGCUUCUUCACUGUGUCGCGUUUUGUUUGUAUGUCUUAAACAGAGCUCUGCUGAGAUUUUUUGGGGGGGGCGGUGGGGGGUACUGAUAGGAUUACUCUGCCAUUUAAGAAAUCAGGGUAGAACACAGAUUAGCUGACCGAGCUCUGGAGUCUUUGUCCACGAACGUUGUGUGACAUCUGAAAGUGGCUUUAGUCCUGCCGAUGCCGCGGAGCUGUCCUCACACCUCCAGUGUCACUGCUGACCUGUUUUAUAGAUUCUAAAGUCGCAGGUUAUGGAGGCAGAAAGGGUGAGCCCGGCUGGCAGGGUGCCUGCUGGUGCCGCCCUGGAUGAAAUGUCACUCAUGCGUCGUCUGAACUUGUCCUUUGUCUGCUUUUAAAUCUGUAUGUGGUCAGAGCACAAAUGGUUGGUUUUUAUUCUUGUCUGAAAAUGAAAUAACUUAAAGUAGCCUGGGAGGAUGGUAGUAUUUUUUUAACCUCGUGUUGAUUCUCUGGAGGAAGAAGUGAAUGUUAGAUUUUUGAUAAUCAGCAUACAGCCUCAGAAGUUGGAUCGGCAACAAGUGAAGAUGCAAUCCAGGGGGACCUCCCCGGCCCUGAGCAGGAGGAGGGGCCGGACCUGGGGGCCUGAGAAGGGAGGGUGGAUGGCCCCUUUCCUGGAAGGCUGAGCAGCGGGAGGAAGUGAGUCACUGCCUAAAUACCUAAUCAGGGCUCAAGUUAGGAGUGAGGUGGGCUUUGCUUUCAUUUUCCUUUUAACAAGGUCCCACCCUAUCUUAAUUCUCAAAAAUGCUCUGGCCUAAGCUAUAAAAUAGGCUUUUAGAAUCACUGAAACUUGGAGAUUUCUGUGUGUUCAAGUCAGGAACACAUCUAAAAACUGAAAAAAAAAAAAAAGUGGGGUGGGGGAGGGGAGGGCUGCUGCCAGCUCCCUGCCGCCGUUUCCACAUAGCUUUGGAAACACGCCUGUGUAUCAUGUCGUGAAACCCUGAGGUGAUCGCGUAAAGCUGAGUAGCUCGUUGCAUGGUCUGUGUUCUAAUCGGGAAGACCCGGGUCUGCAGUUUGGAAUCAGGCCAGCUCGACAGACUCGGGCUCUGGACUGCCGAGGAGUGUUGCUUGUUUUUCGUUUCACUUUAAAACAUAAAGCUCUUCGUCAGCAGUCACCUUCCAGCCAAGGUGCCACGUCCCACCAGGAAAAGAAAACAAGUUAGCGUGGAGUCCCCACAGCCCGGGAAGCUUCCCUGGAUGUCCUUCCGCCCGAGGUACAGCAAUACCAGGAGGUGGCCUUGUUGCUGGCCAGUGCAGAUUAGACUUGACUUGCUCUUACAAGGCCAAUGUGUCCAGCCAUCUGGUUGUCCAAGAUGCUGCAGACGUGAAGUGAUCAUUUGGAACAACUUCCUCUGGCCCAGGGCCACGUAGAAUUGGUCUCUGGUUGUUUGUAAACAAAGAGUGGAAGUGGCUUCCAUUUUCAGACAGGCUCGGGAAUAGACACAGGUAGACAGCUUUGCCGUGUGUUAAUAGUUAAGAGUUGGACAUUUGUAUAUACUAAAAUCUAUCAAUGUCUAUCUGGGGUGGGGUACAGGGAGAAAAGGGGGUUUAAUAGAGUCAGGGAGGGAUGAUGAUGUUUACCACAGGUACGAAGUAGUCACUUUAACAUUGAGACCUCUGCCUCAUUGAAUUCAGGUUUUUUAAGUACUUGAAACUCCUCAGAUUCUCCUUAUUUUACAGUAAUUUUUGAAUUUAUGAAGUAGAAAGCAUUGUUUUGUAUACUGUUCUGUCUCUCACCCUCUCUGAGUUGGAUGAAAGGCGGGGUUCUGCAGCUGGGGGUCCCAGUAUCACUCAGAUCCAUGCACACACCUGGGGGAGAGACUCCUGCAUGAGAUACCAGCAGCAUUUAUAUGAGUAUUUCCCACGUAUGUUCUUUAUUUUGUCAACCCCAUCCCCUAAGCACCUCUUCUUUCCUUUUAAUAUAUGCCUGUGUAGGGAAAAAACAAAAAUUUGCACUUAUGUUACACUCCCGAAAUGCUUGGUGUGGCCUGUGUGUUUCAAACCCAUUUCCGUUCUUUUUUCGUCCUUUUUUCGUCAGUCCAUUGCUUAAGUGACAAGGUCAGGUGCUGUGGCACAUGUGUGAGCAGGAGGAGGGGGAGGACAAUUACCCCUAAAAGUCGCUAACAGGUGAGCAAAAGGGAAAAGAUGAGUAGUUGCCAAAGUCAUUUAUUCAGUCCUUAGUUUUCUUCUACGACAUGACUGCGUCGGCUCAUUGGCAAGAAAGCACCCUCGGGUUCCAGUACUCCCUUCCCGACCUACCAGGCUCCCGAUGUGUGCGAAUGGCUCUCAGUAGCCAUCAGAUCACCUAGCUGAGGUGUUUAUAUGGUGUUCUUGUUGGUUUAGAAGUGGACUGGAUAAAAUUUACCUUGUUGUCACUAAUAUUGUCCUUUAUCUUAUUUGUGCUGCCACAUACCCUGUGCUAAAGAAGAAAAGCAUAUUGCCGCUGGUAACUCGGAUGCUAAAUGAUGCUCACAACUGGCUAACAGUAAGGCUCUUUUUAGGUACAAGGGUGUGUGCAUAAUUGGAAUUGCUAGGAGAAAUUCAUCUGUAUCGGCUUGUGAUAUUAUUGCACAACGAACACAGAUACCUGCAGGUUCUGUUUUCAUUUCCUCGUGAUCUUUAUCUAUGAUAAUGACCUUUGUAGACUGGUUAUUUCUGUACUUUGUUUAUCUGUAAUAAACUUUGUAGACCCUGUGAAAUGUUAUUUUGCCUAAAUCACUUGAGACUUGAGUCUUUAAUAACAAAGCAUCAAUAUUCACUAAAGUCGAUCUCUUUUGAGUUUCUGUGACUUGGCUAGAAGCUCUUGACACUAAGGGAUUAGUGUUAAUUCUCCCUGGGGGGUGUUCCACUAGGGCAUUACUGUAUUAUGACUUGAUGUUGCCACAUAGACUUCAAGAUAUAUGGUAUUUCGGGGAUUUUGUUGAUUGGCCUAUGUUCUGUUGCACAGUGUGACACGUAUAAAGCUUGGUUAACCUGUACAUAGAUAGCUUAUUGUUGGCUAGUUAUAGCGUACUUAGGACUGCUUGUAAUAUUUAAGCUUCUUUCUGCUGUGUGUGCUGGUAGGAACAUAUAAUUUUUGUACAUUGUAUCUACUGAGAUGUUGCCUUUUUUUAUUUCACAAAUACUUUGGAAUUCAGAUGUGUUUUUUGCUUCCGUGAGGAUUAAUUUGGAGAGAUUUUUAAUGACAUUCCACUGAUUUCAGAUUUUGCUUGAGAUUGACUUCAAUAAAUUGUCCUGUAUGUUCCAAA